AAAAAAUUCAAAAUUUUCAGUCAUCUUCGGGCUCCUCUUGUUUUCGUUUCUUUGAAUCAAAAAGAAAGAAAAUUCUUUUAGUGAAAAUUUUGUUCUUUUCAAUUGUGAAGAUGAAACAUUUUCAAGCGUUUGAUAUUUAUUUUUGCUGUAUCGCGUUUUUUAAUUGUUUGGUCUGCGUAAAUUCUCUUCUAUAAUUUUCCCAUAUAAAAUAUAUUUUAAAAGCGCAUUUAAUAAAAAGGAAAAAUUUAAAAAAAUUAAUUUUAAAAAUAAUUUUCUAAUACAUAGGUACAUUAAUAAAAAUAUUAAAAAAGCGAUAGCAUCGUUUAUUGAUUACGUAAUCGCGAAAAUGUUUUAGAAAUUUGUUCAUACAAUAAACAAUAGAAUAAUGUAGAAAAUAUUAUAUUACAUAUAAUAUGAAAUAAGCAAUAAAAUAAUAUAGAAAUUUUAAAAGCAAGACGAAAAAUAAAAAAAAACAAAGUGAAACUGUAGAAACACUGACGGACAGGCAUAAAAUAACGCAUAAUGAAUUUCCAACAUUUUCUAUUAUUUAAUUUCUUGUCCAUUACCAAAUGUUUAUAACUGUUAAAUAUUACUUAAUACUUAAAUAAAUAAUAAUUCAUAAGUUUAGAAAAUUUUAAUGAUUAAUGAGUAGCUAUAAUUAAUUAAUAAUGAAUAACUUUAACAAUAAUGAACCAAUAUCACCACCAAUUUCACCCCCAACAUUAAGACGAUCAUAUAGCGUUGAUUCAGAAUCAGAUUUAUCAAGUCAAUAUGGUAUUUGUGGUAGUGGUGUUCCAUCAAAAAUUGAUAUUAAUUUAUUUCAACAAUUAUUACAAGCAUCACCACAAUUGCAACGUGAUUUAGCAUUAUAUUAUGAACAACAACAACAAUGUGGUAACGGCGUUGGAGGUACCAGUCCAGCUGGUAUUAUUGAUCCGAUACAGUUAUUUAAUUCAGCAAUUGGUGGAGAUAGCUUUGAAAGAGAAUUAGCCAAUAGAUUACGUAUAAGACGUAACUUAAAUGAUUCAAUUGGAUCAUUAACUGAUUCUGAUUAUUAUAACAGUGAUGUUGAUCUACGUCAACAUAAAUUAAAAAAAUCAAUUUGUAUUCAAAAUAAUAAUGAAUAUGCCGAUGUUGUUGGUAAUAAUGUUAAAGAAGAUGUUGCUAUUAGUUUAACACGCGUUGGACGUUUACUAGAUAUGCUAUCAAAUUUAAGGUGGCCACGUAUGUCAACAACAGCGAUGGGAAUAUGCUUUUUAAUCACAACUUUUAUAUCACCAAAAGCAUGUGUCCAAAAUAUAUUAUUUCCUGCUUUCAGAUUGGUAUUUGGUACAUUAUAUCCAGCAUAUGCGUCUUAUAAGGCUGUGAGAACGAAAAACGUUAAAGAAUAUGUUAAAUGGAUGAUGUAUUGGAUAGUUUUUGCAUUUUUUACAUGUAUAGAAACCUUUACAGAUAUAUUUUUAUCAUGGCUUCCGCUUUAUUAUGAGGUAAAAGUUAUAGUUGUAUUAUGGUUAUUGAAUCCUGCAACAAAGGGUAGCUCAGUUUUGUAUCGAAAAUUUGUGCACCCAAUGUUAACUAGAAGGGAACAAGAAAUUGAUGAGUACCUCAACCAAGCAAAAGAACGUGGUUAUACAGCUGUUAUACAACUUGGCUCUAAGGGUGUUAAUUAUGCAACAAAUGUUAUUAUGCAAACAGCUCUUAAGGGUGGUGGUAAUUUAGUCCAAACUAUACGAAGGAGUUAUAGUUUGAGUGACUUAUCAGAGCCAGACGUCCAUAGAACACAAGACGAGGUUGACGAAUUAACGAGACCCCAACAUCGUGGCUUACGACCACGUACCCAAGUAGGUAGAUCAUCUUCAUCUGGUGCUAGACAUUCAACAGGAAUGUAUUUUUCUGAAAUAGAUGUUGGAGCUAAAGGACCUGUAGAUACACUACAUUACAAUAUUAAAUCGACUGAUGAUAUUAGUUCUGGAUAUUCUAGUGCUGAGCCAAUAUCAGGUGGACUAAGUCGUACAUCUUCGAUGACGAGUUCAAAGGGGCUCAGAUUUAAAGCAAAAAAACCAGAGGAUGAAAAUUUCUCAGAAUAUGAUGAAAAUGAAUAUAUUUUGCGUGAAAAUUUUGUACCUAAUUUUGAUUUUAUUCGUUCUCAAUCUCUAAUAGAAAAUGUACCACAAAUUUCUAAUAUAUCUCAACAAAAUUGCACCAAAGAGAACUCAUAUAGCUUGGAAACUAAUUUAGGAUUAUCACUUAAUAAAACAACUUUAAAAGAACCUAGAGAUCAAGCCUUCUUAAAUAAUGAAAACUUGUCUUCUACAAUAUUGAAAGAAGAUAAAAACAAUAUUAUAGAUAAUAAAAGUAGCGAUAGGCAAAUUCUAACUAUAUCUACGCAAAUGCACCCAGAAAUGCAAUCUAAAUUUGAAAUGUUUUGUGAAUGGCUUGAAAAUGGUCAAAUUGGAGAUGAGAUUCUAAAGCUUGGAACAAAAAUUGAAGCACAACAAAUAUCAGAUGAUGAAUUUAAAGAUACAAUAUCGGUAGGCAGUAACGAAGACAGAAGCUUAGACAGAUUUGAUGAAACUGCGGUUUUUGACAUGAAAACAAACAACUCCAAAUUACUUGAAGAAAAAAAUAUUAAUACAAGAAAUUUAGUAGGAGAAAAUCAUGAUGAAAAUGUUCCACAUGAGCCAAAAGUUACUGAUAAAUUAACAAAGGAUACUCUGAAAACAAAUUCUGAAGGUACAUUAUUAUUCCAAAUAACUUCAAACAAAGAAAGUUCUAAAACGAAUGAUGCAAGUGAAUAUUCAAAGUCUACUUUAAAAGAAAAUAUAUCAGUAGCAGUUGACAGUGUUACAAAAUUGAAAGAACAUAUUCUUAAAUUGAAUGACGAACGAACGAAAGAAUUUCAGGAAACGGAAUUGACACCAGAUUUAUCAUUUGUUUCCGAAAAAACUAAAACUGAUAACCAUAAUGGGCCAGAACCGAAUACUAAUAUUGAAAUAAAUAACUUUUUAACUUUAUCAGAAGAUACGAAAUUACAUCACAGUAAAGGCAAAGCUCCUGACCCACCCUCAAUAACUUCAAUUUCAAGCAACAUUUCUUCUUCAAACUUAUUUCAAACUGAAUCAUCGCAUGAUAUUUUUAAACCUUUUGUUUUACAAGAACCAUCUAGUCCAAUAACUGCAUCUGUUACUGAUAAAAAGAAGAUUUCCACCUUAAGUUCCAACUUCAGUCCUUCUAGCACACUAUUAACUUCUAAUCUUUCUCAAAAUUCUGUUACUCCUAUUUCAUCAAGAUCUUCUUCUCCUACAAUAUCAUCCUCUUCCGCUGUAUUUCCUCAAAUCCAAUAUUGUUCCCAAACUAAAACAACUUCUAAUUCUCGUUCUCCUUCACCGAAACCAGUAAACAAACCAAGACGCAAUAUUUUUAGAAGUUACUUACCAUCUAUUUUUCGCUCUGAAUCACCAAAACCAAAAACAGAUGAUGAUUUUCUUGGAAAAGAAACGCAAAUAUAAUUUCGCAAUUAGAUUUCAAGUAAAUGUCAAAAACUUGGCGAUUAUUGAGAAGGAAAAAAUAAUGUCAUCUAGUUACACAACAUUACCUCGAACAAAGAAACCGGAAAAAGCAUUAAAUCCAACGAUAAAGACACGAUCGAAAACUGAGAAAUGAGUAUUAUUGGGGACAACAACAGCGAAUCCAUCUAAGCGAAUGUUGCGCUAAAUUAAAAUAUUGAAAGUAAUGAAAGAAAGUAUUCAAAUAAUUCGUAAGCUGAUGUUGUUUUGCACAUGGUUAGGAAAAUGAAAGCGCUCCUUUCGAUUGCCAAUCGUUUCGUCAUUGAUAAGAGUAUACAUGUAUGUAUGUCAAAGGCAAAUUAUCCUAGUUUUAUUUUAAUUAUAAAUAUGUAACAAAAGAAUUCGUUGUGUAUAUGUCUGCUCAUUGACACAUAAACUAAUAAAAAUUAUGUUAUAGACUGGAUUAUCAUGAAAAUAUAGAAAUAUAAACUUUUUAGAACAUUAAUGUUAAUUAUUUCUAGUUAAAAAAGAAAAUUUUAAUAUGUAAGAAAUCAUUAAUAUAAAAUUUUCAUGUUUCUUUGUUGCUUUUGUUGAGAAAGUGUAAUCUGAAUAAUCUUUCUCAAAUUUUCUAUAAAAUUUUAUUUUGUAAAUCUUGAAAAUUGAUUUAGGAUCUCAUUGCGAUGCAGGGGUAAUAAAGUGCCCUUAAAUAUUACGUUUGAAUUUUUAUUUAUACAUAUGUUCUUUUACUUUUAUACUAAGGAAAUGUUUAUUAGUAUUUUAUUCAAUAGAAAAAUUUACUUUAUUCUGUAAAAAAGAAUUGUAAAUAAAGAGUAAAUAAUAAAAAUUCGUUUCACCAAACAUUUUAA